AUGUCAGCCAAAAACGCAGAAUCGCGAGCAGAAAAGCGUUUUGAUAAUGAGAGUCUCAAUCAGGAUCACACACUCCGUUCGAAACCUUGGAUGAUCCAUACUACGCCGUGGUCUGAUAUCAUUUCUCACAAGUAUCAAGGACAAGGAACAGAAGAAUUACCUUAUGUGGUCACCUGGCUACCAGAUGAUCCAAGUCGUGGGUUCAAAGACAGGGAGAACCCAAUGACAUUUGUUUUCUCGUAUAAAUGGAUUGUGACAAUGGUAGCAGCUUUUGGAACUUUGGGAGUAACAAUGGCAAGUUCAAUGCUUUCAGCAGCUAUAUCAGAUAUCCGAAUUCAAUUUCCCGGGUAUAAUGACAUGACUUAUAUCAUGACCACGUCCGGAUUCUUGAUCGGAUUUGUGAUUGGGCCACUACUCUGGGCUCCUGGAAGUGAAGUGUUUGGACGAAGAAUGAUGUUCAUCGUCACGUAUAUCCCUUUUACUGCUUUUAAUGCUGCAUGCUGUGGAGCCAAAAGCCUUCCAGUAUUGAUCGUGCUUCGAAGUUUUGCCGGAAUAUUCGGUAGUAGUGCCACCGUGAAUGCUGGUGGCACCAUCGCCGACAUGUUUCCAGCUCAUCAGAGGGGUUUAGCUAUGGGGAUUUUUGCGGCCGCUCCUUUCCUCGGUCCAGCAAUAGGACCAGUAGCCGGAGGCUUUUUAUCCGAAGCAGAAGGCUGGGUCUGGGUCGCUGCCUUGAUAGCUUUCGUCAGUCUUGUACUUUGUAUCAUGGGAGUACUAUUCAGUCCAGAGACGUACUCGCCUUUUUUACUUCGUAGAAGAGCGACUCGAAUGUCGAAGUUCACUGGAAAAGUGUAUCGAAGUCAACCGGACGUGGUCAAACCUCUAGACAAGCAGAAAUUAUUCAUGAACCAAUUGAAAGUACCAUGGAUUUUGAUGUUCAAGGAACCAAUAGUAUUUCUCAUGUCGCUGUACAUGUCAGUGAUCUAUGCUAUUCUAUACAUGCAAUUCACCUCAUUCCCUCUGAUCUUCCAAAGAGCUCGUGGGUGGUCUCCUGGAGUUGGAGGUCUGGCCUUUAUCGGCAUCACUGUUGGAGCAUUCAUUGCUUUGGGGUAUAUAAUAUUUUACGAGAAUCCUCGAUAUUCGAGAGCAAGUUUUGCGGCGGGUGGGUAUCUUGCUCCAGAAUCUAGAUUUCCUAGUGUUCUCCUUGGCGCAUUUAUCUUCCCUAUUGGUUUAUUCUGGUUCGCUUGGACUGGUGUUCCAGUAACGAUACACUGGAUUGCCCCUCUGAUCGCGACAGCCUUCAUCGGUGCGGGUAUAGUUCUACUCUUCUUGGGUGUCAUGAACUAUCUUGUCGACGCGUACUUGUUAUACGCUGCUUCCGUACUUGCUGGAGCAGCAGUGAUGCGAUCGAUCUUUGCAGUUAUCCUGCCCCUCUUCACAGUGGAUAUUUUUGAUCGUCUAGGAAUCAAUUGGGCCGGUACUUUAAUUGCUUUUUUGGCAUUAGCUUUUGUCCCUGCUCCAUUCAUAUUCUACUUCUACGGUGCCCGGAUUCGAAGAUGGAGUAAAUUCGCUAGAGAAGCGGAUGAUAUGGGCCAGAUGAUGGCGAAGAGAGCAAUGGCUGCCCGAGCUCAACAAGCCAAAGCUGAAACUGAGCAAGUGAUAUCUCACGACACUUCCGAUACAAGAGUCGGAGAACCCGCAGAUAUAGCUCAAAGUGAUGAAACGACGAGAACAGACGAGGUGAACGAUGUCCAAGAUCUGACACGCAGAACGGAUGGGGUCACAAGAACUCAGAUCUCGACGGCUCAGACAUCCGUUUGA